AUGAAUGACGUCAGUGAUGACGUGGAGCACAUGUGGACGAUCGUCGUGUCCAUCUGGCUCUCCAGCUCCGUGUGUCUGGUAGGUGUCGUCACUAACUAUUGGAACAUCCGGGUCUUCAAGAGACAAGGGCUAACAGACAAUGUUAACAUUUCUCUGAUGGGUUUGGCCAUCGCCGACCUGACCUGUGUCGUUAUAUCCUUGUGGAUGUCCGUCUGCGAGCUCCUCAACAUCCUUGACCCCCCGACCUUGACCUUCCAGCCCGCGUCCCUCCUGAUGAUGACCGCCAGCAUACUUCGCAUCAUCGCGACCCGUGUCUCCAGCUGGCUCACGGCCUUGACCCCUCUCCAGCGGUGCCUGGCCGUGACCUUGCCCUUCCAGGUCAGGCAGAUGUUCACCCCGCGAAACACAUCGAUAUCGACAUUAUCAGUAUCGAUACUGGUUCUGGCGGGGUACAUGUGCGUGUACUACCUGAAAGACCUGGUCACCGUAAUCGAUUCCAGACACAACAUCACCCGGGUGGUUAUGAUACCUGCGGCCCGGGACAGGGCCAACCAGAUCCUCAACAACCUGCUCUUCAUCAGCCUGCCUCUCGUCAACAUCCUCGUCAUCUCCCUCGCCACUAUCCUCAUGAUCUCCUCCAUCAUGCGAGCCUCAAGAUGGCGCCACACCAUCACACACGGCGAGACUACACCAGCAGACGACCACCACGACACUUCCGGCACUAAGCGUCUCUCAAACAGGAAACCCCAGCCCGGGCCCCACACGGUCGAAGGAACGGAUCCCAGUAAAGACAAGAAAGAAGUCCGGACCUCCAAAAUGGUGAUCGCCGUCAUGCUCAUCUUCAUCGUCUGCAACCUGCCCAGCAACUUCCUGUUUGCCAUGCGCAAUGUGUUCCCAGAGUUCAGCGACGCCGGAAGUUUAAAAAAAUAUUUUCUUCAUGUCGCAUGGUCUGGCCUUCUUGCUGGAGAACAUAAACUCGAGUGUCAAUUUCUUCGCCUACUUUUUCAUGAGUUCAAAGUUCAAGGCCACGUUUUUACACCUGAGGUGGUGUGA